GGCGAGGGUUGUUUUGGGAAUCUCGGAAGAGUUGCGGCAAGGUCGAUAGAGCAUCCUACUCUUAAAAAAAACAUCACAUCGCGGAUUUUAUUCGCUUUCGUACAAGUGUGCGGAAAGCUAGAGGACCGAGAGGCUACUCGGAGAUUUCAUCUCUUGAUGAGUAGCGUUGGCUAGGGCUGAAAGUUGAUGCCUUUUUUUAAUCUCUGAGAGUGUAUACUGAGACAGCUAGCAAGCCAUCCUUCUCCAUUUGUAGCUCUGCAUGUUUUGUGGUUGUGCUACCUUUUUGAGAGAGGCAGAAGUGGCAUUCGGCUUUUUCUGAAUUCGAAAGCACCGCGUUUCUCUGGGACCAACUAUCCAGACGGUCUUCCACCACUUGGGCGGUACCAGGAGUGUGAGCUGACUACUUAUAUGUCGGAAAGAACCGGGGUUUAGAAGCAGUGUAGUUUCGCUAUUGCACACGAGUUGUGCCGGACAUUUAGCUAGGAUUUUUUCCCCUUUAAAAAGGUCCUUCAUUUACUGGUAAUAUUUGCAAUGUCGGCGCCAUCCUCCUUGCCUCCCGCCCAGGGAGAGAACCCCGCGCCAGAAAAUGAGGGUCUGGCCGUGGAUACAGGUUUGAAGCCCGCCGGCCCGACCCCAAGCUCGAGUCGGUUCCAGGUGGACCUGGUGGCCGAAGCAGCCGGUGCCGCUGAUAAAACGCUCGCAUCUGGCGAUAAAGACGCUCCCGCACCCGAAGGUUCGGAGCCAGCGGCGGGUGGCGAGGAGGCAAAGGGUCGGUUCCGUGUGGUGAACUUUGUAGAUCCGAGUGGAGCAAGCCCACCAGAAGCAGUGCCCGCUGAAGGUUUCCAGAAUGGAGACACCGUGAUGAGUGAGGGCAGCCUACAUUCUUCGACAGGAGGCCAACAUCACUACCAUUACGACACCCAUACAAACACCUAUUACCUAAGGACUUUUGGUCACAAUACCAUCGAUGCCGUGCCGAACAUCGACUUCUACCGGCAAACUGCUGCGCCUCUGGGGGACAAGCUGAUAAGACCCACCCUUUCGGAGCUGCAUGACGAGCUAGACAAAGAGCCAUUUGAGGAUGGCUUCGCCAACGGGGAUGAGCUCACCCCGGCCGAGGAGGCCGCAGCCAAGGAGGCGUCCGAGCCCAAGGGAGCAGUCAAGUUCGGAUGGAUCAAAGGGGUUCUGGUGCGCUGCAUGUUGAACAUUUGGGGCGUGAUGCUCUUCAUCCGCAUGUCAUGGAUCGUGGGACAGGCAGGAAUUGUUCUCUCCUGUGUGAUCGUUCUCAUGGCAACAGUUGUGACCACCAUCACCGGCCUUUCGACCUCCGCGAUUGCGACCAACGGCUUUGUACGAGGAGGAGGGGCGUACUAUUUGAUAUCAAGAAGUUUGGGCCCAGAGUUUGGCGGCUCCAUCGGUUUGAUCUUCGCCUUUGCCAACGCUGUGGCCGUCGCCAUGUACGUGGUGGGCUUUGCCGAAACCGUUGUGGAGCUCCUUGCGAGCGUGGAUUGCAUCAUGACUGAUGAAAUCAAUGACAUCCGAAUCGUCGGAACCAUCACAGUCAUCCUUCUCCUGGGUAUCUCCGUGGCAGGAAUGGAAUGGGAGGCCAAGGCUCAGAUUUUCCUGCUGGUUGUUCUGAUCACAGCCAUCUUUAACUACUUUAUUGGCUCCUUCAUCCCCCUCCAGUCCAAGGAGUCGCAGGGCUUCUUCGGCUACGACAGUGGGAUUAUGAUGGAGAACAUGGGUCCGGACUUCCGGGGCACAGAAUCGUUUUUCUCAGUCUUUGCCAUAUUCUUCCCUGCAGCCACUGGCAUUCUGGCCGGUGCCAACAUCUCAGGAGACCUUUCUGACCCACAACUGGCCAUCCCAAGGGGAACACUCUUGGCCAUUCUUAUCACCGGUAUUGUCUACCUGGGUGUUGCAAUUUCUACUGGCUCAUGCAUCGUGAGAGACGCAACAGGAAAUGACAACGACACUCGCAGCACCCAGAUCAUGGCUAACUGCACCGACGCCGCCUGCAAGUUCGGCUACGACUUCUCCUCCUGCAAGAGUGACGACGGCCUGUACAACUGCAGAUAUGGACUCCAGAACGACUUCCAGGUCAUGAGCAUCGUGUCUGGUUUCGGACCCAUCAUCACUGCCGGGAUUUUCUCCGCCACUCUGUCCUCUGCCCUGGCGUCUCUGGUCAGCGCCCCCAAAGUAUUCCAGGCUUUAUGCAAAGACAACAUCUACCCUGGCCUGGAGAUGUUUGCCAAGGGCUACGGCAAGAACAAUGAGCCCCUCCGCGGCUACAUUCUCACGUUUUGCAUCGCUCUAGCCUUCAUCCUUAUUGCCCAGUUGAACAUUAUCGCUCCCAUCAUCUCCAACUUCUUCCUGGCCUCCUAUGCUCUCAUCAACUUCUCUGUGUUCCACGCCUCUCUGGCCAACUCGCCAGGAUGGCGCCCCAGCUUCAAGUACUACAACAUGUGGGUGUCCCUGGCCGGAGCCGUGCUGUGCUGCGUGGUCAUGUUCGUCAUCAACUGGUGGGCAGCCUUGAUGACCAACGUCAUUGUCAUGGGCCUCUACAUCUACGUGAGCUACAAGAAGCCCGAUGUGAACUGGGGCUCUUCCACUCAGGCUCUGACAUACCACCAGGCCCUGACCCACAGUCUGCAUCUCAGCAGUGUUGAGGACCACAUCAAGAACUUCAGACCUCAGUGCUUAGUGAUGACGGGCUACCCCAACUCGCGUCCGGCUCUGCUCCACCUGGUCCACGCUUUCACCAAGAAUGUGGGCCUGAUGAUCUGUGGCCAUGUUCGCACGGGCUCCAGAAGGCCCAACUUCAAAGAGCUGUCCAAUGACCAGACACGUUACCAGCGCUGGCUGAUGAAGAACGAGACCAAGGCAUUCUACACACCCGUGUUCGCUGAGGACAUUCGGGAGGGCACCCAGUAUCUGCUACAGGCGGCUGGGUUAGGUCGUCUGAGGCCCAACACUCUGGUGAUUGGCUUCAAGAACGACUGGAAGGACGGAGACAUGAUGAACGUUGAGACCUACAUCCAGAUGAUCCAUGAUGCGUUUGACUAUCAGUACGGUGCCGUGGUCCUCAGACUGAAGGAGGGUCUGGAUGUGUCCCACAUCUCAGAACAAGAUGACCUGCUGUCGUCGCAGGAGAAGACGUCGGGGAUGAAGGAUGUGGUGGUGUCCAUCGACAUGAAGGACUCUGACGGAGACUCAUCCAAGCCCUCAUCCAAAGCCACCAGCGUCCAGAACAGCCCAGCCAUCCAGAAAGGUGACGAUGAUGAACGCAAAGCCGCAAGGAAGCCGCUGUUGAGAAAAGAGAAAAGCCCCCAGACGUUGAACGUGGCCGACCAGAGGCUCCUGGACGCCAGUCAGCUGUUCAAGAGGAAACAAGGCAAAGGCACCGUGGACGUGUGGUGGCUCUUUGACGACGGCGGCCUCACCCUGCUCAUCCCCUAUCUGCUCACCAACAAGAAGAAGUGGAAUGACUGCAAGAUCCGCGUCUUCAUCGGAGGCAAGAUCAACAGGAUUGACCACGACCGCAGAGCGAUGGCCACACUUCUCAGCAAGUUCAGGAUAGACUUCUCCGACAUCAAUGUACUGGGAGACAUCAACACCAAGCCCAAAAAAGAGAAUGUGACUGCCUUUGAGGAGAUGAUUGAGCCGUACCGGCUGAAGGAGGACGACAUGGAGCAGGAUACAGCAGAGGCACUGAAGGCCAGCGAGCCCUGGAGGAUCACAGACAACGAGCUGGAGCUCUACAGGGCCAAGACUAAUCGUCAGAUCAGACUGAACGAACUGCUGAAGGAGCACUCGAGCACAGCCAACCUCAUUGUCAUGAGCAUGCCCCUGGCCAGAAAGGGAGCCGUAUCCAGUGCUCUCUACAUGUCCUGGUUGGAGACUCUGUCCAAGGACCUGCCUCCCCUCCUCCUGGUACGAGGCAACCACCAGAGCGUCCUCACCUUCUACUCUUAAAAAUCACACACACGCCGCCUCUGGGACCGCCCACACCUCCUAUCCCAGUGCCCUAAGAGACACACACACACUCCAAUGAAGGUAGAAACCGUAGCCAUGCCAUUGAUAAUAAUGAUGAUAAUAAAGGAUAUGGUGUUGCUCUGGAGGUCCAGCCUCUUAUGUGAAAGGGGGGGAGGGGGUCCGCACUACUCUUUUCAAAUUGUACACAGCACACGAAAGAAGUGAACAAUUUUAAUUUACUCAAAGUUGAUUUCCUCUGGCUUGAAAGCAUCUGUUCAUGUGAUUCACACAACGUUAUUAUCAUUAUUGUUAUUAUUCAGAUUCUUCUCGAUGUCCCGUUUUUAAGUUAGAUCAUUUUUGCUUUUUUCAAAGCAGCAAUAAUCACCCUCUAAUUUUUCCUUUUCUUGUGUUGGAGAGAACCAUACCGAAUGCUUUGCUACUCCUUUUAUAGCCUUAUGGAUGUGCCUUCCAGUUGGAAUCAAAGGAAUUAAAUUAUGAAUCGCUCUACCCAGAUUGAAUGGUAUGAAGAAUAUAGAUGGAUAAGUUAUUUUGUUAUUGAGUUUUAAAUGUUUUUUUGUUUUUUUUUGAGGAAUGUUUUUAUGCGAGUGGAUUGUAGGAGGUUAGCAAAGAGUCUCCACUUGAUGGAACAAAAAGCUUUCUAGUGUUUAUUUCUCCUCCCUAAACGGUUUCCUAUUGUAUUCUGACCUCUGAUUUAAUUUUACUCCACAUUUGUAUUUGUCUUCCUUUAAGCUGUGGAAAUUAAACAGUGUUCUUAGUGCAGUACCCUCUACCUACUUUAUAGUAGACGCAAUCAACUUCAACUCUGAAAGUUGAUUUGGUUGGUGCCCAAGAAUGGUCUCUUAACAGAAAGAUAUCUGCAGGUCUACACUUGGAAGGUCCCAGGGGUCUUACUACCAUGCUGUCAGAAAUGACUAGAAGUGGGUUUAGCUUCGGAUUAGCCUCAAUCAUGCCAGUUGUCUCUCAAAAGCUGCUAACGCGAACAAGUGUUUCAACUAAAAGCAGCAAAACCCUCGGCUGAGUUCUUAGUCCACGUCCCCGUUGGAUUUCAGUAGGUUCCCCUCAUUGACGUCUGUCCUCAUAGUGGAAUCUAUGGGCUGAAUCCUAAUUUGAGACGCUCCAAUUUUACUCAAACUUUUUUGCUGAAUUUGUGUAUUGAUGUCUAAAGGAGACUUCAAAGUCUUGAGUUGGUAAUUCAUAUCUCAAGUUAGGACUCUGCCCCUCAGGUCCCCCACAUUGGAGUGACUACAAAGGAACCGGUCUAGCCCUUACAACCAAAUUAAGACUUUGCCUUAACUUUGCUGAGUGUCUUUGUUCAGAGUUUGAGUUAGUUCCGUGUUCAAAAGAGGGGAAAUUGUAGGUAAAAGCUAUGGAUUAGCAUGUUUCAAGAGGGAACUGAUACAUGCUUCUAUGCAGAUGCGCUGUAAUCAAUACUUGUUAUAAAAGCCCAUACCUGGUUUAUUUGAAAGGUUCCACUGUCCCUCAGUUCAUUUUUGGACUAUUUAGGCUGGUCCUUAAACCUAUUGUCGGCCCACUUUGCCAUUGUUCCGGGAGAGUAAAAAUUGUAGUCAAGGCCAACCACGUCAUUGCCCCGCUCUUACCUAGUUCUCAUCAUUUUAUGCAAUUAAAGUUUUUUGGGGGGGGGCAGGAGGCUUGGGUCAGUUGAAUGUAAAUCUGAUUAACACUAAAGUGGGAGUUGAUGAAGGGAUGGUCUCUUUCUGUUGCUUUUAUUUUCAACUACUGCCAUGUUGAGUUUUUGCUACAAGCUACAGGUUUUUUAGAUUUCAGUCCCACAUGGAAAUCCACAUGCAGUGUGCUUUGCAGUUCAGGUUCAUUGUACUAUUACCACCCACAUGACUGCAUCUCCCCAUGCUGUGUUCUUUAUCUAGACCAUGACUACGCCAUGUGAUUAUGAAUGAAUAUAUAUAUAUAAUCUCUCUCUCGUGUGUGUGUGUGUGUGUGUGUAUAUAUAUAUACACACACACACACACACUAGUGUAUAAAAAUAUCUCUCAAAUGUGCAAAGCAUGUCAUUAUCUUCUUUUUUCUUUUCUUCUUUCUAAUGGGUGGGGGAUAGUACAUCUUUUUAGAAGCCAGAUGGUACAAUCUUACUAACCAAGAUCUGUUCUGUGUACUGGUGUGUAAAGCACUCAACCCUCAGUUAUUGUUACAAAGUGACAAUGUUACAAACAAAAACACGGGUUACUCUACAUUUUAUAUUUAAAUAUAUGAAUAAGAAAAGAUGUAUCAAUCCAACCGGGCGGGGCUCUUUGUCGUUGAUGUCACGUAAAAAUACAAAAAAAACUUGUUAUCGAUAUGUCACAACCAAAUAAGGUGCGUUCUUUUUCUUUUUAUUUUUAUUGAUGUGUGAGGAGUGUAAUACUGUAACAUCCUCUCAAUGUCAUUAUUUAGCAGAAACUUGACACUACUGUGCUCUAUCCAAGAGACCAAAACAUGUCACCUGCAACUGGUAUCCACACCAUGUUGAGACUUCUUCAUCCUCUUUGUAUUUGUAGCCAAAGCCCCCCCCCUCUUCUUCCUCACCCCCUCCAUCUUUCUUGAGUUGUUGUGAGCCAUGACAAUGGAUGAAGAAAAGCAUUGGUCAAAAAUUCUCAUGACUCAGAACCCUUAGUUCACACUGUAACUCGAAGAAAAACUAACAUGUAAAUAAAAGUAGUCUAACUAGGUAAAUUAAGGGAGUAGAAUAUUAAUGGCAAGUUAAUAUGGAGAAAGAUAUAUAUUUAUUUUAGUUUAGAAUUCUCCAAGUUUUUUUCCUUUCUGUUUUAAAUUAAUUUGCAUGUUAAUUUUUGCGUUUUGAUCAACAACAAAAAAUCAGUUUCUCUUUUUCAGUCUGGACAUUUCUAUCUUUUAUAUGCCUUUUGAACGAAAAGUUGUGUUGACAAAGCAGUUUAAAGAUGUUUUCUCCUGCUCUUCCAUCUGGGUAGAUGUGAUCUACCUAGUUGGUUGAAACAGUAAUGUUUGAUAUACUGUACUGUUAACUGUCACAUGUUUUUUUUCUAACAUUUUAACAUUUAAGGUUACCAAUACUUUGUACAUCUAUUGCAAUAAAUAAAUUAAAUGAAUCAAUCGUUA